UAUGUAUAGUUACUCCGUCACUACCGUAGACGCGUAUCAUAUAGCUCAUGUUAUCUGUUACCUUUGACCUUAACUUCUAUCAUUUAGAUACUGCUUACUUAGUUUUGUCGGUAUUAGUGAUUGGUUAUUAAACAUUAUUGUCUGUCAUUGGAAUGUUCGAGAAGUCGUAACAGUUUAACAAUCAUUGUAAAAGGAAACAAACAACCUUGUAUUUGUAAAACCAAAACGUUUGUUAAUUCAUGCCGGGCAUUUAGUAGUUUAUGAGUAGCAGUAAGACUUUACUGUAUCAUCUGUAGUGUGUACUCCCUCCACGUGUGUGUUCAAUAUAGGUUUUUUUUAUAAUCAGGAUUUAAGACAAUGCCGAGAUGGAUGUGUUGUGACACUUGGUGCAACAGAAAAUUCAUUGAUAUAGAGAACCAUGUACAGGAGAAGAAGGUCAAUCUCGUAAAGGAUAUACCUGGCGAUAAUGCUAGAAAUGAGCCUGAUUUAGAUACGGGUUUCAACAAGAUGCCUCUGCAACUGACCAAACCAGCGCCUCAGUUCAAGACCACGGCAGUGGUCAACGGCGAGUUUAAAGACAUCUCUCUGUCAGACUACAAGGGCAAAUAUGUGGUGCUGUUCUUCUAUCCGUUAGAUUUCACCUUCGUGUGCCCCACCGAGAUCAUAUCGUUCUCGGAGCGCGCCGACGACUUCAGGAAGAUCGGCUGUGAGGUGAUCGCCGCGUCCACCGACUCGCACUUCACGCACCUCGCGUGGAUCAACACACCGCGGAAACAGGGCGGUCUCGGGCCCAUGAACAUCCCCAUCCUGAGUGACAAGUCGCACCGCAUCGCGCGCGACUACGGCGUGCUCAACGAGGAGACCGGCAUCCCCUACCGCGGCCUCUUCAUCAUCGACGACAAGCAGAACCUCAGGCAGAUCACCGUCAACGAUCUGCCCGUCGGCAGGUCGGUGGAGGAAGCCCUGCGGCUAGUGCAGGCGUUCCAGUACACGGACAAGUACGGCGAGGUGUGCCCCGCCAACUGGACGCCCGGCGCCAAGACCAUCAAGCCCGACACCAAGGCGGCGCAGGAGUACUUCGGCGACGCCAACUGAACUAAAUGAAUACUGAGUCGACACCCCGUCACAUCACACCAACGUUAUAUCCGGAACAUAUACAACAAGUUUUCAUACGAACCAACAUUAGCAGUGGUUUAAUGACGCGUGAACUCAUACUACAAGUGAUUUUGGAUUUUGAAUCGUCGGAAUUAUGUUGGAUUGUUUUUUUUUCUAAAAGCUCAUAUUUGUAGAAGAUGCAUAAAAUUGUGCGUAUUUAGUUUGAUCUAAUAAUAACGCUUUUAUGAAGUUAAAGUGGCGGACUUACCUCGUUGGGGGCCAGGGGCACCACUCCAAUUUAUGAUUCGAUCAAGACAAACUUGCAGCCAUUUAGAGGCCCCCAGGACGAGAGGCCCGGGACGGACCGCCCCUAUAGUCCGCCACUGGUCAUAUUCAUGUGAUGAAUCUGAGAAUUUUGUUCCUUCCUGGUUCAGAUUUAUGUUAGUAUGUGUAGUAUAUUCUCGUAUCACGCGUCUACUUUUAUAAUGUUAGUUUUAUUUCGACUUUGAAAACGAUCAGAGCCAUUUUUUAAUGUUAUUGUAAUACAUUCCAUGUACUAUUAUAACAUUACAAGAAGUCAACUGAAUUUGAAAGGUGAAAAUUAUAGUUUAUAAACAUAAAUCAUCAAUGUGGGUGUCUAGAUAAUAUUGUACGUAUGGAUCUAGCAAAUUAUGUGUAACUUUUCUUCGGUAUUGUUACAAAAUUUAUUGGUGAAACAUUUAAUUCUAACUGUUGUAGAAACAUUCUGUUGAUCAGAAUAUUCUUUUUUUUUUAAUAAUAUAUUGUUACUGUAUGUAGUCUCUAUAAUAAAUUAUAAACUUCACAUAGCGAAUGAACGUGUCUUUGCGAAUCUCAAACGCAAAUGUCAGUCUGCGAACGAUAAUGUGCGCGUGCGGCAAUGUCUUGCAAAUUGUAUCAGUAUUCGUAAAAUAUCCUAUGGUUAUAACCUUUGUAUGGAGGCUGUAAUAAAUGCUGUGUUUUU